AUGAUAUUUGCAUAUAGGGCUUUGCCUUUAUUAUUUCUAUUUACUUUAACGUAUGCGCAUAUCCAAUCCUUCAGAGUUUCGAAGACGAAGCAGAUCAUGGUGGCAUGCCAAUAUGCUACUAAUGAUGUUUUCAAAUUUGAAUCGCAAUUAACUAUUGGUCCUCUAGACCAGACGAGCAUGUGCAAUAAUACAGAAUACUUGGACUACUUCGUGGACUGUACGAAAAGGGCUAUUAAGACUCAGGGAGGUUCCUCCGAUGAAUUUCGUAAGGAACUGAAGAAAAUCUGUCCGCUGUAUCGGGAUGUGGAUUCGGACUUGAGCUCGGAUUUGGCUUCUGACUCUCGAUAUCCAGCUUUGGUUGAGAGCUAUGAUGUUGCGUUUAACAGUUAUCAUUCACUGGUCGUUCAUGUUACUAACAAGAUCUAUUUCUGUUCCAUCUUCUUAGCAUAUUGGGGGCUCAUGUUAUUUGCAGGAACUAUGACCAAUUUAUUUAACCACCUUGCGCCAACGAUGACGCUUAUGUCGAAGAGAACUGUCGGGAACACAUUUUUGGUAAGAAAAUAUAGAGAGCAUAUUUCAUUGCCGGCAUUAUUCUCAAAACAACACACGGAUAGGACCAAACUAGGGGGAGUCAUUCCAACCAGGCUUGAAACGUUGAUAUUGGUGAUAUUCUUCAUAUUGCUAGUAAUUCUGGAAGCUGUCGGCUAUGUUUCGUACCCCGAUGUGGUUGACAAAAGCAGGCCAGCUCUUCAGAUAUUGAAUGCAUUUGGUCAUCGGGCAGGAGCCACUGUAGUAUUUCUGGUGCCUCUGACUGUCCUUUUCGGUACUCGUAACAAUAUAAUGAUGUGGCUCACAGGUUGGAAGCAGUCCACUUUCUUCAAGUUUCAUAAGUGGUUAGCGCGCAUUUUGGUGGUGGUUUCUGUUAUCCAUGCCGUCUGCAUGUGCACUUCAGCAUCAAAGAGAGGUAUUUUUAGAUUCUUAAUAGGUGCUGGUUUUGCCAGAUGGGGUUUGGUUGCUGUAAUUGUCAUCGUUCUCUUGUCUCUUCAAGCUGUUUCUUGGCUACGCCUACAUUACUAUGAAGUGUUCCUUGCCAUCCACAUGUUAUUGGCAGUUGUUUUUCUAGUGGGUAUCUGGAAGCAUGUUGAUGCCACUGAGGAGUUAUCUCCCUUCGUUUAUGCUACUGUUGCUGUCUGGGUGUUUGAUAUUUUGUGUCGGGUUGGUCAACUUGUGUUCUUUGGUAUGAAUGACGCUACAAUACAGGCUAUUUCGGGCGAAACCUUGCAAUUGACAGUAGCUAAACGUUCAUGGUGGAAAAGUUUCCCAGGUGCUUAUGGAUAUGUACAUCUUAUGACUCCUCUUUAUUUCUGGCAAUCUCAUCCCUUCACUCUAGUUGAUAACGGCGACGGAUCAGUUCGUUUCUACAUUAAGAUAAAGGAGGGUACUACAAAGGCAAUUUAUGAAAAUGUUUUAAUGUCCUCCACAGAACCGCGCUCUAUUAAGGUGGCUGUUGAAGGACCUCAUGGUGAUCAUAAGCCUAUGAUGAGUUAUGAGUCCGUGCUGCUGUACACUGGUGGUAACGGUAUUCCCGGGCCUUACGCUUACAUCAAGGAACUUUGUACUCACAAAGAGUCGCGUACCAAGUUUGUCAAACUAUAUUGGGUUAUACGUCACUGGAAAUCAAUAGACUGGUUCUAUGAUGAAUUGCAGUCUUUGGCGGAAUAUAAAAAUGUUCAAACAAUAAUUUAUGUCUCAAAGUAUGAUGAUGCAAAUGUUGGUUCCAAACAUAUUCUCAAAGCUUCCAGUAUUGAUUCAGAAGAAGAUAAAAGCUCUUUUAUAGAUGAAUUGUCCACAAAGUCCCAAAAAAUAAUUAGCAUCCAAAACAGCCUUCGCCAUAUUGAAUUUAGGAAAGGCAGACCAGAUCUCGCCACUUUAGUGUCCCAAGAUCUAGCAGAGAACCCGACAUCUGAUUCUGCAAUCAUGACUUGUGCACACCCAUUAAUGUGUGACGAGAUAAGACAUAGAGUUGCACAAGAGGUUGGCCAGCGUAAAAAAGGUAGAAUUGACUUGUUUGAGGAGCUGCAAGUUUGGUAA